UGUGCCUGAAAUGCGGCCACAGUCUUGACGUCAUCGCCACCCGCAUCAGAAAUCAAAAGUAAAAGUAGCUCAUUUUGUUGUUUCGCUCUUUAAAGUGUCAUAUUAUUUCCAUAAAACUACUAAUAAUAUAUUUUUAAUAGAAACCUUUAUAAAAGCGACGCCGUGAAUUUACAUGUCGCUGCUUAUAGAAAAAACGUGGAGCAAGUCGAUUAGUUAAAAAUUAAUCAAGAUAAGUAGAGACUCGAGGCAUGUGACGGUCACAGAUUACUUCUGUAAACGAGAAAAACAGGAUCUUGAGACGUGACACUUCUGUUUCUCCGAUUGUCAGGAUCUGUUAAUCUGAAUUAAUUAUUGUGUUUGUUUGUAAUUUCCAUCCAGAGUCAGUGAGAUCAGAUACUGUUUCAACUGUUCAGAUCCAUUAUGGAAGACACAGAAAGAUCCAGCGAUGAAGAUUUUUUUCCAGGAUGCAGUUCAGUUCAUCAGAAGAGAUCAGAAGCAGAGCCCAGCUGUGUGUCUUUGAGGAGUGCCUGGUCUAUAGAUAAUGUAAUAGAUUUUAAGAGUAGCAAUACACAGACUGCUAUCAGUUCAUUAAAUCAGAAAAGAUCAGAGGCAGAGCCCAGCUGUGUGUCUAUGAAGAGUGAAUGGUCUAUAGAUAAUGUUAUAGAUUUUAAGAGUGAAAGCACUCAGACUGAUCUCAGUUCAGUUGAUCAGAAGAGUUCAGAAUCAGAGCCCAGCUGUAUGUCUAUUAAGAGUGAUCAAUCUGUGGGUCAUCAAAUAAAUUUUACAAGUAGAGAUACACAGUCUGUUCUCAGCCAUGAAGUCCUCAACAUGUUUAAAUCAAUUCUGAUGAAGAAAUUUGAGUGUCUCUAUGAGGGACCAGCAAAGCAGGGAAACCCAACACUCCUGAAUGAGAUCUACACAGAGCUGUACAUCACAGAGAGUGAGAGUGGAGAGAUCAGUAAUGAACCUGAGGUGCGACAGAUUGAGACACAAUCCAGGAGAGCAGCAACAGAGGACACAGCGAUCAAAUGCAGUGACAUCUUUAGACCUUUACCUGGACAAGACAAACCCAUCAGAACUGUUCUGACAAAAGGAGUCGCUGAUAUUGGAAAAACAGUCUCUGUGCAGAAGUUCAUCCUGGACUGGGCUGAAGGAAGAGAGAAUCAGGACGUCCAGCUCAUAUUUCCACUUCCUUUCAGAGAGCUCAAUCUGAUGAAGGACAGAACACUCAGUCUUUCGGAUCUUCUUCUUACAUUUUUCCCUGAAACAAAAGAAAUUAAAAUAUCCAGUAACAAAAAUAAAGUGUUGUUCAUCUUUGAUGGUCUGGACGAGUGUCGUCUGUGUCUGGAUUUUCAGAGCGAUGUGAGGUUGUGUGAUGUAAGUGAAUCAGCAUCAGUGGACGUGCUGCUGAAGAACCUCAUUGAGGGGAAUCUGCUUCCCUCUGCUCUCAUCUGGAUCACCUCCAGACCAGCAGCAGCUGAUCUCAUCCCCUCUGAGUGUGUCCAUCGAGUGACAGAGGUACGAGGCUUCAAUGAUCCACAGAAGGAGGAAUACUUCAGGAAGAGAAUCAGAGAUCAGAGUCUGGCCGAUAGGAUCAUCUCACACCUGAAGUCUUCAAGGAGUCUCUUCAUCAUGUGCCACAUCCCAGUCUUCUGCUGGAUCUCAGCCGCUGUUCUGGAGAAGAUGUUGAGUCAAGCAGAGAGUGGAGAGAUUCCCAAGACUCUCACUCAGAUGUACACACACUUCCUGAUCCUUCAGACCAACAUCAAACAUGAAAAGGACUAUGAGAAGAAUGUGACAGAUGAAGACAUGAUCCUCAAACUGGGGAAAGUGGCUUAUCAGCAGCUUGUGAAAAGCAACCUGAUCUUCUAUGAGGAAGACCUGAGAGAGUGUGGCAUUGAUGAGACAGAAGCAUCCGUGUACUCAGGAUUGUGCACUCAGAUCUUCAGAGAGGAGUUUGGCUUGUAUCAGGGGAAAAUCUUCUGCUUUGUUCAUCUGAGCAUUCAGGAACAUCUAGCAGCUCUAUAUGUUCACCUCUCCUGUAAAAACAACAACAUAAAUUUGUUUGACCAAAUCACCAAACUGAGUUUGCGAUCUAAAGUUAAGGACUGGUUUCAACACAAUUCCUCAAAAAUUGUUUCAUUAUCCGAGUUGCAUCAGAGUGCAGUGAAUGAGGCUCUGCAGAGUAAAAAUGGAUAUUUAGAUAUUUUCCUGCGGUUCCUUCUGGGUCUGUCACUGGAGUCUCAUCAGAUUCUCCUACAAAGACUAAUGAAACAGACAAGAAGCAGCUCUGACAGCAAAGAGGAAACAAUUGAGUACAUCAAGAAGAAGAUCAGGACUAUUGACUGUCCAGAGAAGUCCAUCAAUCUGUUCCACUGUCUGAAUGAACUGGGUGAUCAUUCACUAGUGAAGGAGAUACAACAGUAUCUGAACUCUGGAAAAAUAAAGAAACUCAAACUUUCUUCAUCUCAGUGGUCAGCUGUAGUUUUUGUGUUGUUGACAUCAGAAAAUAAGCUGGAUGAGUUUGAUAUUAAUAAAUUUGCUAGUGUAAACAAAAAACUGAAAGUUUUUCAUAAGCUGCUGCCUGUGAUUAAAGAAUCCAGAUCAGUUAAGUUGAAUGAUUGUGGUCUCACAGGUGAAGGCUGUGCUGCUCUGACUUCAGUUCUGAAAUCAAACCCUGAACACCUGAGAGAACUGGAUCUGUCUGGGAAUAAACUAGGAGAUUCAGGAGUCAUGCUGCUGUCUGGUGUAAUACAGAAUCCUGACUGUAAACUGGAGAUACUGCGGUUGAGUAAGUGUGGUAUAACAGGUGAAGGUUGUGCUGCUCUGGCUUCAGCUCUGAGAUCAAACCCUGAACACCUGAGACAAUUGGAUCUGACUGGGAAUAAACUAAGAGAUUCAGGAGUCAUGCCACUGUCUGUUGUAAUUCAGAAUCCUUUGUGUAAACUGGAGAUACUGUGGUUGAAUGAUUGUGGUCUCACAGAUGAAGAUUGUGCUGCUCUGGCUUCAGCUCUGAGAUCAAACCCUGAGCACCUGAGACAACUGGAUCUGUCUGGGAAUAAACUAGUAGAUUCAAGCAUGAAACUUAUCUCUGCUGUGUUGGCGAAUCCUCAUUGCAAAGUGGAAAAGCUGUGGUUGGUUGAAUGUUGCAUCACAGAUGAAGGUUGUGCUGCUCUGGCUUCAGCUUUAAGAUCAAACCCUGAACACCUGAGACAACUGGAUCUGUCUGAGAAUAAAAUAAGAGAUUCAGGCUUGAAGUGUCUUUCAACUGUACUGGUGAAUUACUGCUGUAAACUCGAAAAACUGUGGUUGGGUUAUUGUGGUUUCACAGAUGUAGGUUGUGCUGCUCUGAUUUCAGCUCUGAGAUCAAACCCUGAACACCUGAGAGAACUGGACCUGUCUGGAAAUAAACUAGGAAAGUUUGAUUUGAGGCUUCUUGCUGCUUUACUGGCAAAUCCUCAGUGUAAAAUAGAGAUACUGUGGUUAAGAAAUUGUAAUCUAACAGGUGAAGGUUGUCCUGCUCUGACUUCGGCUCUGAGAUCAAACCCCUCACACCUGAGAGAACUGAACCUGUCUUGGAAUAUACUAUCAAAAUCUGAUGUGAAGUCUCUCUUGGAUCUGAAAGAUGAUCCACAUUGUAAACUGGAGAAACUAAAGUAUGAAUCGACUAUCAGUAGUAUUUAGACAUCAGUUCCGUUUCCUGUGAAUCAGCUGAUGGUGAAUAAGGAACUGAUAAAGAGACACAUAGUCACACAAUCAGGAGACUCAAGACUCAAGACUUUGUUGGUCUGUUCUUUUGAAUUAAAAUUUUGGUGUGAACUAACCCUUUAAGUGACAAAAGUAAGAGUGCUUUCACACUAGCACUUUUGGUACGCACCCGGAUUCGAUUGAUGUCAGAGUUCGGUUCAUUUGGAUGAUGAGAACGCUGUCUUCCGUACUCGGAUGCGCACCCGUAAACCGUACCCGAGUCCGCUUAAAAACGGUGGUCUGGGGUAUGCUUCAUGUGAACUCUGGUACGGUUCGCUACUUAUGUGAACGUAAUCCUAAAUCGCGGAAGUGAACCGCUAUUAAUAACAUAUUAUUUGAUGAAAAUGUGUGUUUGUGUGUGUGUUUCACUCACUUUCCGGAUGAGUGUGACUGACGUGCUGCAAGCAGAGAGCUGUACAUCUCAUUUCUGUUCGCCUUCAAUGUUCUUUAGAGCAUUUUCAGUAAGACAGACGCAAGUGCCGUUAUGUACCGAAGCUUUAUAAACAAAACGAACAGUUCAAAAACGUAAUACAUAAAAGUGCAGAGAGAGUAAUGUUGUGCAUUUGCCGCCUUCUCCUGCGCUGUCGUUACCAAGCAACGGGGGUAAACAGCUGCUGGCUUGAUGACGUAAGCUAACCGCGGUUCGGACUCAAAUAUUAUAAUAUGAACACAGUCCAGCAGGGG